AUGGAGGAAGAAAAUCUAAAGCAAAUUAAGCCUGUUAGGCAAGUUCAUUACAUGUCCUUGCUUAGAAUUCCGGAAACAAUUUGCAAGCCAGUGGAACAAAAAUUGGGGAGUAAGAACUCUUGCCUCCGCGGUUUGCUGAGUGUGUUUGGUGGAGAUAGUUGGGGAAGGGAGGCUAAAUACAGGAAGAGAAGAGUUGAUGAUCUUCUUGUUGACAAUCUUUCAGAUUCUUCUCAUUUCAAGAAACUCCCCAGUGGAAAAUACGCUUGCCUUGUCUGCCCUAACAAACCCAUCUUCGAUACUUCUCUCAUCCUCACCAUGCAUAACAAGGGAUCACGCCAUGUAGCUGCAUUGUCAAGGUUUAAGGAAAAAGAACUAAAUCAACAGGAAGAAAUAAGCAAGAGAAUAGCUUUAUCAGAUGAUUCUACUGGAAACAUGUAUUCUGGUUCGUCCAGUCAGAAGAACGAGUUUACUAGAAAGAAUCCAUUGAUUGAAUGGACAUGGAAGGUGACUUCAGAGGCACUUAAAACCCAAAAGCCUGAACAAAAUUCGAGAGGUAGAAAACAAUAUGAGGCAAAACCUAGUCAAAUGUAUACUCCUUUUUCUUCAACUUCAGAUAGUGUUUCCAGACAAAAUACUGGGGCGUCACUAGAGGUACAAUCUGGAACCGCCAGUUAUACAGAGAGGAAUAAUAGUGGAGAGGAAUAUGAAGAAGCUGGUAGAAUGCUGGCAGAGCAUCAGUUGGAGCUAGCAAAACGUCGUGAGCAAGAACUUAACUUUACUGCUGCUGGUUGGAAGCGGGACUGCCAUGGAAAGUGGUUUCGAGAUGAAAAUGUAGAGUUUGACUCGGACGAGGAAGAUCCAAAUGUUUGCUUGUCGUAAGACUGGUGAAAUAAAAUGUUGGAAUUACCUGUAUAUGGGUGGACUUGUACAGAUCGAUCAUCUCCAUGGAACUUACUGACAAAGUAAAUCAGUUUGGAUUUCCAUUUUGCCUUUAUUUUUUAAUCCGCUUCAAGGUGGAACCGGUAUUUCUGAAGUUAUGACAUGCAUCGUACAAUAACAUAAGAAUUUCAAACAUCUACCUCUUUAUUAUUGGAUAUAGGUUGAAGUAUCUUUUUCCCAUCCUUCCUCAUUUCAGGAGAUUGGUUGUAAAACAACAGUAUAUUCGGUUAACAAACUGGUUUGAGUGA